CAAGGAACUAGAUAUCUAUUUCUAGCAGCCAGGUUUUGUUGAGGGGUCGGAUUGAUUCUAUGGCCCUAAACUCCUUCUGGGUCUGUGUUAAUCUCUUUUUCAGUUUCUGGGUUGUUGCUUUCUGUGAUCCAGAUGGUUACUUGAGCUUAUCCUGUGGUGGAGCGACAAGUUUUGUUGAUUCAUCUAACAUCUCCUGGGUAUCAGAUGCUGCAUACAUAAGCACAGGCAAAACAACUACCAUUGAUUACACAGAGGGUGCCUCCUCUGAUGGUGUCCCAGUUCGUUUCUUCCCGGAUUCUGAUCAAGGUCGAAAAUGUUAUAAAUUGCCAUUGAUGAAUGUGUCAUCACUGGUUCUUGUAAGGGCAAAAUUUGUGUACAAGAACUAUGAUGGACUGGAAGAACCUCCAGCAUUCUAUGUCUCUCUUGGUACAGCCAUUACUAGCAAUGUAACUCUUGCUACGAAUGAUCCAUGGACCGAAGAGUUUAUCUGGCCAGUUACUACGGACACUCUUUCCUUCUGUUUGCAUAAUAUUCCAACCCAUGGAGCUCCGGUCAUUUCAUCACUUGAAAUUCGGCCACUCCCUCGAGGUGCUUACCAAACUGCCAUGGAAGAUUAUUACCCUGACAAGUCUCUGAGGAAGUGUUAUCGUAUUAAUAGUGGCUACAUGAAUGGCUCUCUGCGGUACCCUGUUGAUCCCUUUGAUCGCAUCUGGGAUGCUGAUCAAAGCUAUUCUCCCUUUCAUGUGUCAACUGGAAUCAACAUUUUUUCGAGCUUCAGCGAGUCAAAUCUUAGUGAAAGUCCUCCUGCUUCUGUUCUGCAAACAGCAAGAGUCCUUGCACGAAAAGAUGUCUUAAGCUAUGAACUUCCUCUUAAUACUGAAGGGGACUAUUACAUUGUCCUCUAUUUUGCUGGGAUUCUUCCUAUAUCCCCUUCUUUUGAUGUCAUAAUCAAUGGGGAUGUCAGACAAUCAAAUUAUGCAGUCCAAAACUCAGAAGCCAGUGCUCUAUAUUUUGUGGAGAAGGGAAUCUGGAGCUUGAACAUCACUCUGAAAAGCAUCAGAUUCACCCCCCAAAUCAAUGCAAUUGAGGUGUAUGAAAUUGUUGAUAUUCCAUCAGAAGUCUCCUCAACUACAGUUUCAGCGCUUCAAGUUAUUGAGCAGUCAACUGGUUUAGAUCUGGGAUGGCAAGAGGAUCCAUGCUCUCCUUUUCAAUGGAAUCACAUUGGAUGUGAAGGAAGCAUAGUCACAUCAUUAGAGCUUUCAGGGAUCAACUUGAGGUCUAUUAGUCCUACGUUUGGUGACUUGCUAGAUCUUAGAGCACUGGACUUGCAUAACACUUCACUUACAGGAGAGAUACAAAAUUUGGUUAGCUUGCAACAUCUUGAGAAACUGAAUCUGAGCUUCAAUGAGCUAACAUCCUUUGGGUCUGAUUUGGACCCCCUGGUUAGCCUUCAAAUUCUGGAUCUGCAAAACAACAGUUUGCAGGGAAUAGUCCCUGACAGCUUGGGAGAGUUAGAUAACCUUCACUUGUUAAACCUGGAAAACAAUAAACUGCAAGGUUCUCUACCAGUGUCAUUGAACAGAGAGAGUUUGGAAGUUAGAACAUCAGGGAAUCUAUGUCUUUCCUUCUCCACCUUGGCAUGCGAUGAUGUUUCAUCUAAUCCUUCAAUUGAGACACCUCAAGUCACUAUCUUAACCGACAAGAAACAUACUGAUAGUCAUUAUCAUUUAGCAAUCAUAUUUGGUGUGAUUGGAGGAGCCUUAUUUGGUCUUAUCUUCCUUUCUCUCACACUAUUUCUCUACACGAGAAAAAAGAGAACUGGCUUGACAUACACUCCAAGGCCAUCAGCAGAGGUCAGAAACUGGAAUGUAGCAAGAGUCUUUUCUUACAAAGAAAUCAAAACAGCUACAAAUAACUUUAAGGAGGUCAUAGGCCAUGGUAGCUUUGGAUCUGUUUAUCUUGGGAAGCUACAAGAUGGAAGACUAGUAGCUGUUAAAGUUCGCUUCGAUAAAACUCAACUUGGGGCUGAUUCUUUUAUUAAUGAGGUGCAUCUCCUCUCCAAAAUCCAUCAUCAGAAUCUUGUCAGUUUUGAAGGGUUUUGCUAUGAAUCGAAGCAACAAAUACUAGUCUACGAGUAUCUACCUGGUGGAUCACUAGCUGAUCACCUAUAUGGUCCUAGCAGUAAAAAAACCUCAUUGAGCUGGGUUCGAAGACUAAAAAUUGCUGUUGAUGCUGCGAAAGGAUUGGACUACUUGCACAAUGGAAGCGAACCAAGAAUCAUACACCGUGAUGUGAAGUGCGGUAACAUCCUAUUAGACAAGGAGAUGAAUGCUAAGGUCUCUGACUUUGGCCUCUCGAAGCAAGUGACACAGGCAGACGCAAGUCAUGUCACUACUGUUGUUAAGGGCACUGCAGGCUAUCUUGAUCCUGAGUAUUAUUCCACCCAGCAGCUGACAGAGAAAAGUGAUAUCUACAGCUUUGGAGUUGUCCUUCUAGAGCUUAUUUGUGGGCGAGAGCCAUUAAGUCACUCUGGAACUCCAGAUUCUUUUAAUUUGGUGUUAUGGGCGAAGCCUUACUUGCAGGCCGGUGCAUUCGAGAUAGUGGAUGAAAGUCUGAAUGGGACAUUUGAUGUGGAGAGCAUGAAAAAGGCAGCCUCAGUGGCUGUAAGGUCCGUAGAGAGAGAUGCAUUGCGGAGGCCAAAGAUUGCAGAUGUACUGGCUGAGUUGAAAGAAGCCUACUCUAUUCAGCUUUCAUAUCUCGCUGCUCGUGGGCAUGCUGAUUAACUAGAGACACAACAAGUACACAACCAAAUUAAAAGUAUUAUCUUAAGUUUAGCUGCCAAAUAUGUAAAAAGUGUUGGCUUUUGCAGAUUACACUACCGGUAUGUUAGACACGGUGCGUCUAAGGUAAUAUACUGGAAGAUAAACAAUAGGGAGGCUGUCCCUUCAAAUUUUACAAGUACAUAUAUCUAAUGGAGGUUGUCAGUUUAGUCUUUAUAGACAUAUUUUGGGGAAGGAUGGGUGUAUUUGGGAAGAAUAUGUGUACUUUUUUUGGCAAUCCUAGUAACAAGCUAUUUUUUUCUCUUCUUUAGAAAUUUGCCAGCUACAACUAAAAACUAAAGAUUCACACCAUGCAGUGCAGCCCAUGCCUAAGAGUUUCAGCAGCACACCAGGCUACAGAGGACUGAACGAGCCAAUUAAAAUUCUCUCACUAAGUC